GCGCAGGAAGAAAUUUCAGGAUAAACUACUUCCUUCUUGCGUGGAUGCCUGUGAUGAGUUUAUAAGCACAGCAAACGAAACAGCAAAGAUGAAGAAGAAGAAGUUCUCUGGGUUAGAGAUAGCCCUGAUGGUGAUGUUUGUCAUGAUUGGGAUUGUUGCCAUAGCACUGAUCACCCUGCUUGCCACGAAUGAGACAAAGAAACCAGCAUUUGUAGCGCAGUGUCCAAAUAUUCCCCUGGGUGAAAGAGUGGACUGUUUUCCAGAUGCAGGUGCUUCUCAGAAAAGCUGUCAGGAGCGUGGCUGCUGCUGGGAUCCAAAUGACCAAGCAAAUGUGCCUUGGUGUUUCUUCUCCAGUAAUCAUGGCUACACUGUGGUCAGUGAAAGUCAGCCAGGGAGUACAAAACUGGAGGCCAGGCUAAAAAGACAGGAUGCACCCUCUCUGUUUGGCUCUGACAUUCUUGAGCUAUCUUUUGUAGCAGAAAUGCAGACAGAAAACCGCCUACGAUUCAAGAUCAGUGAUGCAAAUAAAGCCCGGUUUGAAGUUCCUCAUGAACACAUCCAGUCUCUGUCCAGCUCUCUGAAUGGACCCCCUAAAUAUGAGUUUGAGCUUCUCAAAAGUCCAUUUGGAAUCAGAGUCCGUAGAGCAUUCAACAAAAAGGUCCUCUUUGAUACCAGUAUUGGACCACUGGUUUUUGCUAACCAGUACCUACAGCUCUCUGCCAAACUCUCCUCGAAUAACAUUUAUGGACUUGGUGAGCAUGUUCACAAGAAAUUUCGACAUGAUAUUGACUGGAAGACAUGGCCUAUAUUUACACGAGAUGCCUUUCCAAAUGGUGGUAAUCACAACCUUUAUGGUCACUACCCCUUUUUCAUGUGCUUGGAGGAUGAAAGUGGCAAAUCCUUUGGUGUUUUCCUCAUGAACAGCAAUGCUAUGGAGGUGACUCUUCAGCCAGCACCUGCUGUGACCUACAGAACAAUUGGAGGAGUUCUGGACUUUUAUAUCCUGCUUGGAGACACACCAGAGGCAGUUGUACAGGAGUUCACACAGCUGGUUGGCAGGCCAACCAUACCUCCAUAUUGGGCUUUAGGUUUCCAGCUUUCUCGUUGGGACUAUGGCAGCCUGGAAGAAGUCAAGAAAACAGUGGAGAGAAAUCGAGCAAUUGGCCUUCCUUACGAUGUGCAGUACACGGAUAUAGACUAUAUGGAGGACAAAAAGGACUUUACAUACGACAUGGUGAAGUUCAAAGACCUGCCACAGUUUGCUGACUACAUGCAUGCAGAAGGGCAAAAAUAUAUUCUCAUAUAUGACCCUGCCAUCGCCACGAGCAAGAGAAUCAAUGCCACAUACGAGUCAUAUGACAGAGGAACACAAGCUGAGGCAUGGAUCACUGAGGGAGAUGGAAAGAAUCCACUACAGGGAGAGGUUUGGCCUGGAGAAACUGUAUUUCCUGACUACACCAAGCAAUCUUGCAUUGAGUGGUGGGUGGAUGAAAUUAUCCGGUUCCAUAAGCAAGUGAAUCAUGAUGCAAUCUGGAUUGACAUGAAUGAAGUGGCAAACUUUGUGCAAGGCUCCAGUAAAGGAUGUGCUGAUAAUACACUGAAUUAUCCACCGUUCACUCCAAACAUCCUUGAUAAUUUGAUGUACAGUAAGACUUUGUGUAUGGAAGCACAGCAAGCCUGGGGUAACCACUACGAUGUUCACAGUCUUUAUGGAUAUUCCAUGGUGCUGGCGACAGAAGCGGCCGUGAGGCAAGUCUUUGGCAGCAAUCGCUCAUUCAUUCUCACUCGUUCCUCUUUCCCUGGAGUGGGAAAGUAUUCAGGCCAUUGGCUGGGUGAUAAUGCUGCCAACUGGAAUGAUAUUAAAUGGGCAAUACCUGGCUUGCUGGAGUUUAACAUAUUUGGAGUGCCUUAUAUCGGUGCAGAUAUCUGUGGUUUUUUUGAUGACACAACUGAGGAGCUAUGCACACGCUGGAUGCAAGUUGGAGCCUUUUAUCCUUUUAGUCGUAAUCACAAUGCUCAGGGCUACAAACCUCAGGAUCCUGCAUUUUUUGGUGCCAACUCUGUGCUGGUGAAAAGUUCCAAACACUACCUGAGCAUCCGCUACACACUUCUGCCAUUCCUUUACACACUUUUCUAUAGGGCUUACAUCAGUGGAGACACCGUGGUGAGACCCAUCAUGCAUGAAUUCUACUCAGACCCUGCAACAUGGGCAGUGGAUCUUCAAUUCCUAUGGGGAGCACAUUUGCUUAUCACACCCGUGCUGGAUGCUGGUGCAGACACAGUGAAAGCAUACAUUCCUGAUGCUGUGUGGUACAACUAUGAAACAGAAGAGAAAAUCAAGGCACGUAAACAGGAAGUUGAAAUGUACCUGCCAUUAGAUAAAAUGGGAAUUCACAUCAGGGGUGGAGCCAUUCUUCCAAUUCAGAGACCUGCAGUCACUACUGUGUAUAGUCGGCGUUCUCCUAUGGGCCUGAUCAUUGCGCUCGAUGACAACAACCAAGCAUCAGGCGAGCUGUUCUGGGACGAUGGAGAUUCUCGAGAUACUGUUUCAUCUGGGGCCUACAUCCAUUACCAGUUCUCUGUUGUUCAAGGAGUGCUGACCAUGCAGGUUCUACACAAUGGCUAUGCUGAUCCAAACAAUCUAGUGUUUGAGAACAUCACCAUAUUAGGACUGAGCAGCCCCCCUACAAGUGUGACCAUCAAUAAUGGCACCAUGGUUACUGCCUUGCCAGAAUCCAACAUUUACUAUGACUCAGUGAAGAGGGUGCUAUACCUGAGAAAUCUCCAGCUACAUCUGGGGAAAAACUACACACUCAUCUGGAGUUCCACUGUUGAACAGUUACAGCGGUUUGACUGCCAUCCUGAGGAAACGGCUACUGAAGGAUCUUGCACAAAAAGAGGCUGCAUCUGGGAGCCUACAAAUCUGCAAGGUGUGCCAUGGUGUUAUUUCCCCAUGGAUUAUGGCUACAUAUCGGGGCCUGCACAGGAAACGGAAAGUGGAUGGAGUUUUGAUAUCACACGAAAUGAUAAAUACCCUGUUCCACGUAUUUUAUCCAGAGACAUCAACACGCUGCGGGUGGAAAUCACAUAUCUGAGCAGUCACUCUCUACGGUUUAAGAUCUUUGAUCCGGCUCAUAAGCGUUAUGAAGUUCCUGUCCCUCUUAAUUUACCAUCCACACCAGAGAUACAGGAAGAUAAGAGGAUGUACAGAGUGAAUAUCACAGAGCAACCAUUCGGUAUUCAGGUGAUCAGGAAAAAAACAGAAACCAUCAUAUGGAAUUCAUCUCUUCCUGGCUUUAUCUUCUCUGACAUGUUCAUACAAAUCUCAACUCUACUUCCUUCACAAUACAUCUUUGGCUUUGGGGAGACGGAACAUAAAAGCUUUAGACGCGAUAUGAACUGGCAUACAUGGGGCAUGUUCAGUAAGGACCAACCUCCAGGGGAUAAGAUGAAUUGCUACGGAGUGCAUCCCUUCUACAUGGGCCUGGAGCCAAGUGCCCAUGCUCAUGGAGUCCUGCUGCUCAACAGCAAUGCCAUGGAUGUGACACUUCAACCGACUCCCGCUCUCACUUACCGCACCAUUGGCGGUAUCCUCGACUUCUACAUGUUCAUGGGUCCCACUCCAGAACUGGUGGUACAAGAAUACACUGCAAUGAUUGGUCAUCCAGUUCUCCCAGCUUAUUGGGCUCUGGGAUUCCAGCUUUGUCGCUAUGGCUAUGCUAAUGAUUCAGAAAUCGAAGAACUUUAUGCUGAUAUGAUGAGCGCUGGUAUUCCUUAUGAUGUGCAGUAUGCAGAUAUUGACUACAUGGAGAGGCAGCUGGAUUUUGUGCUCGAUAAGGAUUUCAGCAAACUUCCUCAACUAGUGGAGAAAAUGAGAGGGGAGGGCAUGCGCUUUGUCUUCAUCCUGGAUCCUGCAAUUUCAGGCAAUGAGACUGAUUAUCCUGCCUUCGACAAUGGUGUUGCUAAAGACGUGUUUAUUAAAUGGCCAGCUGAGUUGGGUGAAGGCAUCGUCUGGGGAAAAGUAUGGCCUGACUAUCCAAAUGUCACUGUUAAUGACUCUCUGGACUGGGAGACACAAGUAGAGCUCUACAGAGCCUAUGCAGCAUUCCCAGACUUUUUCCGGAACAGUACAGCAUUGUGGUGGCAGAACGAAAUCAGUGACUUCUAUACAAAAAUUAAAUUUGAUGGCCUGUGGAUCGACAUGAAUGAGCCAGCUAGUUUUGUCGAUGGCACUGUUGGAGGAAUGUGUCUAGGCCCGGCAAUCUAUGAUGAUCCACCAUACAUGCCACCACUGGAGUCUAAAGAACGAGGACUGACCCACAAAACCCUCUGUAUGAACAGUCAGCAGUUUCUUCCUGAUAACACUCCGGUUAAGCACUACGAUGUGCACAGUCUGUAUGGAUGGUCUCACACCAAACCUACUUAUGAUGCCUUGCUGAAUGUAACAGGGAAGAGAGGAAUAGUGGUGACUCGCUCGACAUACCCGAGCAGCGGGCGAUGGGCAGGACACUGGCUGGGAGAUAACACGGCUGCCUGGGAUCAACUCGAAAAGUCUAUAAUAGGAAUGAUGGAGUUCAGUUUGUUCGGAAUCUCUUAUACUGGAGCUGAUAUUUGUGGGUUCUUUAACCAAGCUGAGUAUGAGAUGUGCCUUCGCUGGAUGCAGCUGGGGGCAUUUUACCCAUAUUCCAGAAAUCAUAAUGGCAAGGGGAACCCGAGACAAGACCCAGUCGCAUGGGAUACUUCAUUUGCUUCUGCAUCUCGUGACAUUUUGAACAUACGCUAUACACUCCUCCCCUACCUGUACACACUCAUGUUUGAGGCUCACACUAAAGGCAGUACUGUCGUCCGGCCUAUGCUGCAUGAGUUUGUAAAUGAUUACGCGACAUGGGACAUUUAUAAACAAUUCCUGUGGGGUCCAGCACUGCUCAUUAGUCCUGCUCUGGAUAAGGGAGUAACUGAGGUUAAUGGCUAUAUCCCUAAUGCUCGCUGGUACGAUUACCACACGGCAAAGUUGGUGAAUGUGAGAGGCAAGUUUCUUUCCAUGCCCACUCCACUCAAUCACAUCAACCUACAUGUGAGAGGAGGAUUCAUCCUACCAUGCCAGAAGCCAGGGAACAACACAAAAGACAGUCGCCAGAAUCCUCUGAGUCUGAUUGUUGCUCUUGAUGAUGAUGGAACAGCAAAAGGUUCUCUGUUCUGGGAUGAUGGAGAGGGAAUCGACACAUAUGAGAAGAACGAAUAUCUUCUGACGUACUUCAGCGUGUUUCAGAAUACUCUCUGGAACUUAGUUACGCAUUAUGGUCUAGCACCAACUGAUCCACUCAAACUUGGCCAAGUAAAAGUUUGGGGUGCAGGAAGUGUCCCCAUCAUUAAUGUGAUCAUGAAAACAAACAGAACUGAAACACCGCUGAUAUUUUCUCAUAAUCUGCUCACAGAGGAGUUGUUGAUUGAUGCACCGAGCAAACCACCGGCAAUAGGAGAACAAUUCUCUAUCACUUGGAGCACAGGAAUAUGAAAAGGAAAAUGCAAACACAAAAAUCAAGAUAAAAUGUUCACUUCCAAUUAUUUGCAUAGUGUUAAUACAUUCAAACAGCAUCAUUAAUGAAAAGCAACUCUGAAUGAAUUCUGUCUUAUGUAACUUGUACAUGGUGAUUUUAUUUUCCAGUGAACUUUCAAACUGUAAGAAACUAAUUGUCGUAGAUUAAAACUACACACACACACACACACACACACACAUACAUCACAUGGGGUAUGUUCAUACAGUACAGAGUGUGUCUUUGGAAAACACGCUCUGUGCACCAUGGGAAGAUGAUAAUAAUAACCCCUAAUUAUCAACAAUCACAUUUUUUGGCCGACAACCUGCCAGGCCGACUUCAUGCACCAUUAAGUCUCAGUUAUAAUAAUAUGAUCAUCAAUUAUUCAUUCCACAAUAUACAUAAUGAUAUCAAUUUAGCAAUGGGGACUGCAAAUUGAUUUCUGCUCUAAUUGACAAUCAGCAUGUGGUAUGUGAGGUGCAUGUGCUGGAUUGUAGGAAGUUGAAGGUGCCUUGGGUGGUCACUAAUGACGAUUAUACCGGAGACAUAUCCUUCCCAAGGUAGUGAAGGUCCAACUGUGCAUAUAAUUAUUUAGAGGUUCAUUUGGAGAGAUGGUGCAUUUGAAGCAACGAUUCAAUUAGCAGAAACAGCAGUCCUGUUUCCCUUGUAGGAAAAACUGGCAUGGAUAUUGCAGGAUGCUGAAACAAACAAUGACAAACACAUGCAUAGAACAGGAUUAUGAACAAAAAAUCAAAGUCAAUAAACACAGUAGAGUACCCAUACACGCAAACAGAAUCAUUAGGAUCAGCUGCACUCUUAAAAAACAGGGUUUCUCAAGGAUUCUUUAGAUAACAGGAGUUCUCUACUUUAUCCACUUAACUUCUUUCACAGGGAAACCAUUUACUAGAUGAAGAGAGACAACCUAGCACAUGCUUUAUAGCAUAGAUGGCUAGCAUGCAAAAGCCAGAUUGGUGAAGCAUGUAUUUAUGCAAUAAUGCAUAAGCAGUGCAAUGAGCUUUACAUUCAUCACAUUUGACUUGUUACUAUUAUACUGGCAAUACUGUGAAAUACAGGUUAAUUUAACCAGAAGCCCACCUUUUAAAACACUACAAAUAAGAAUAUCUAAGGUGACUGAUGAAGAUUCUUGCUAAAGGCAAGAUAAA